GCGCUGUUGAGCCACCCCCCUUCCUUCAACCCUCACUCCCUGUUUCUCUAUGUCUCUCUGCCCCUCCUCUCGGUCUGGGCCUGUCCGUAUCUGGGAGGAAACAAGAAAGUUUCUUAUCUGCCAACGCAUUUUUAGAAUUAUUCCUGCCACAUACACACAUACCUUAGGUUCUCUCCAUGCGUGAGUGUGUGUGAGGGUGGGUGAAGACACACACCUUCAGCUCAGAGGAGGAGGAAGAAGAGUUCAAACUGCUGGGCAGAGACGAUGCAGAGACUUUAAGCCUCACCCUGCUGCUAGUCUGAUUGUAGUAUAGAGACCAACAAGAUGCGGUCCAGUGCGGACACAGCAACAAGCCCUUCUAACGCAAGAAGAACAACUGGCAACACCAACACUCACAACAGCACUGGAAACUCUGGUUCUCAGUAUGCUCUGUGUGCUUUAGGGGUUGGGCUCAUUGCGCUUGGAAUUGUGAUGAUCGUAUGGAGCGCAGUACCUGCAAAUGUAGCCAACAACAGCAGUGUAUCAGAAGAGGAAAGCAACACUGACAGCAGAAAAAACAAAGCAUCCUCCGUUGCCUUUGUUCUGGUUGGUUCUGGGGUGGUCAUGCUGUUGCUCUCCUUGUGUGUUGGAAUGAAGAACAAGCAGCGGGAGCAGCAAUACCUUCGGGAGACCCAGAACAAUGGAAGGGUAGCAGACCCAGAGCAGCCGGAAGGUGAAACUGCUGAAGAACAAGCCCAGAGGUACGCUGUACCAAGCUAUGAAGAGGCAGUUGGCAGUGGUCAGUACCCUGUUACUGAGAGCAACCACCGUUCCGGCUCCUUCCAUCUGCCCUCUUACGAUGAUCUGGUUGAACGUGAUGGAGUACAUCUUGAACAUGAAGGCACAGACCCCACAUCUGGUGGACCAAACUCACCUGCUCCAGCUCUCAGUGGUUCCACCGGUGCUGCUGCUGCUGCCGCCGCCACAGCCCCAGCAUCGAACCGUAAACCAGGAAAAAACAGCCGAAAGCUUCUCUCUAUCAAGAUUCGCAGGAUUAAAUCAGAAAAACUUCACAUAAAAAAUGUUGAUAACUCGCAUCCAGAUGCUGGGAUCAGUGUAGAACCACUUACUCCACCGCCACAGUACGAGGAAAAAGAGCCACCACUAACAUCCAGCUGAUUAUGUUUUAAAAACUUCUCUAACUCCUGCAAUCUGCCAUGAUGACACCAUGAUGUCAUUGUGAGGAUCUGGAUCUUAUUAAGCCAGGACCCGGAUGGCUUUUUAUCUGUUUUAGGCACUUUUAUAUUUAACGCUAAAUCUACAUUUACUUUGUUAAACUUUGGAAACUGACUGGAUGUCUGAAGCAGAUAUGGUGUCAUGGCUCUCUUAUUUCACGGUGGCUGUAUCUGAUCCUCACUGUGUGUACAUAAGUGGGCGAUGAUCACAUUACAUUAAUGUGCAAUCAUGUUAUUUGCGUGCAAACAAACAGCGUGCUGGUCAUUUGUAAAGUAGAUUCACAGACACACACCACAGGGGAGGAAAUGGUACACCCUGAGAUUUCUUCCCUAUCACUGCUACUGGUUUACUAACGGUAUGUGACGUUGCAUUUGUUCACCUGGCCUAACCUGACAUGUGCUUCAGAAACACUCCUCUACACUGUCAACAGUAUUUGUGCUGACCUGCCCCAGUACCUUUGGUCCAGGUUGUCAGUUUUAUAUUUUUGUCUACUGUGUUUUUUUUACACACCUAUUUAUGUAAUAUUUUUUUAAAAUGGAAUGUACAACACUGCAUCUUAAUUUUAAUAUCAAUUUUAACAAAGAGUUAUAAAACAUUUGGCCAUUAAUAAGUACCUCUCCAAACAUGGCUGUCGUCAGUGCUUUGUUUUCAAAAGCAUUAGUGCAGUUAAAUGCUUCCGGUGGUUGAGUGAAAUAAUGAAUUGGGAAUUCUUGUAAGUUCUUUAAAAUGUAACACUCAUAACAAACGUAACAAUCAAAAUACAUAUGAGCCAACAUAGUGUUCAUCUUGCAUAAUAUAUAUAAUGAUAUUUUGAAUAUGGCAAUAACAUGGAGGACCUCUGUUCCACAACCAAAAUAAAUAACUAAAUAUAAACAGGAGGUAUUAUCAAUCAUUUAUAUAAAUAUCAGUUACAUUUAAUUAGAUGUUUCUCCAUUAUUGCAUAAAACCAGAUAACAAAUCAAGCACAAACAGCUGCAGGCUGAAAAUAGCAUUUCUCAGGAGGCAUAUUUCUAGGUAUCUGAAAAGCCCAUUGUUAAAUGUACUCAUUUGACAGUUUUCCAGGAAGCUCAAAGUCUUUUUUGUUCUUUCAAUAUGGUAAUGCUUAAUAACUACUCUGCUGCACAGUGUUGCCGCACUCCAUUUGUGCCCAUUAGCGUGCAGCUAAAUGCGUCCAGUGCUGCACUGUUGCACCUGCCUGAAGCACUUCUCUGGACUGUACCGACUUGCUCCUCCACAGCAGGUUAUUUUAGUUUUGGUGAACAGUGAAUAAAGAAACAGAAGAACAUGAAGGAAGAGUCAUUGUGGAUAGUUGAAAGUCUCUUGGCUGUAGCCAUGGUGAACACUGUGGAGCUGUGAAAGCACUACUGUUGCCUCUGCUCCUCUCUCUUCUCCCUGCCCUGGCCCUUAAUCCAAAUGACCAACAGAGGGAUUCAUUGACUUUGCAGCUGUUCCUUAGUAACUGCAGCUAUUACUCACUCACAUGCUCAUCACAUUCCAGCACAUUUCUUUUUUAUAUAAAUCCUGUCAUGUUUUAGUAUUUUUUAUUGACAGUCUACUUCGUAUUUCCUCUUCUGCUGGAUUGGCUUCUCUGCAAAGCUUUAUUUAUUAUUUGUAUGUAAACAUUUCAAUUUGACUUAAACUGUUUCCUAUUUGUUUGGAGAACAUUUUCCAUAAGUGACAUCAUGGCUCAGUUUCAGGAAAUUGUUUAGUCAAUGUGACAUUUAAAACAGUUGCCUAGCCAUAAAUUCAAAUAGGGUCUGAUCAGUGACAUUGUUUUAGUAUUGGACAUCAAGUCAUUCGUGGUGUCAAAGUCUGAACACAAACCUUUUUUUAAACUAUUAUUUUACAUGUACUGUGAAGCUGUACUUUUCUAACAGAACAUUGAUAUUCGUUUUUCCAAAGGGUGAAAAUCUGUUUUAUACAAUAUGUAUUUUAUGCUAAAUAAAAAGAGAGUGUUUACU